UUGUUUUCUCCGCUUUACUUUCGUUUCCGUCUCAAAGUGAAACUGAAGUGAAAGUCGUCUUUCGGGGACUUGUCCGAGUUUAGGUCGAUGAAAGUCGUUGAUGAUCAUCAAGUUAAAUCUGAACAGACAUGGAGAAAGACAUGCGUUCAAGUAAACACCGCAACAACAGCGACCAGAUGAAAGACCUUUUAACGCUUGACAAGAAGGAGGAACACGAGCGGGGAAAAGAGAACAAAGAAGCCUCAGAUGACGCCAACAGCUACAUCGCCUCCUUUUCCUCCUCCCCCCUUCCUCCUCUGGACCGUCUGCUACCGGGGACUCGGAGAGAGAGAAAUGUGCAGCUGCAGAGGGACGAGAGCCGUUGGAGAGGGAGAGGGAGGAAUGCUGUUCUCUGGGGGACAUGAAGACCCUCCCUAAGUGUCAGAACAAGCUGGGGCCCCUGAGCUUCAGCAGGACGCACACCAUCCUCAUCGAUGCAAACUCCUUCAACAACAGAGGAGGAGAAUUGAUAGCGCAGCACGGCAAAGACAUGUGGUUCAGUAACUUUGUGAAAAUGCCGUCUUCACCUUCGAGUUUCAUGAUUAACAGAUGGUCUCAAACGGUGAACAGGUGGCCUGAGAUCUCCAAGCACCUGAAGUCCAUAAAGACAAGAGCGAGUGUUCGGGACGUUGAGGACGCCAUCAUCAAAUACAACCCGAAGUACAAAGGUCAGUGGUCGUUUGACGCCCUCGCCACCUUUGUGAAGCGUGUCCCAGAUACGGAAAACUACUUCAGCACCCUGUUUCCAAAGAUCGCUGCGUUGGCCCUGAAGCUGCCGAAUUAUGUGAAGAAGGCUAUCCCGCUGCUGCAGGCGGGACAUCCUGCGUCCAUCACUCUGUCGCAGGUUCAGAUAUCCUGCCUGCUCGCCAACGCCUUUUUCUGCACGUUCCCUCAUCGCAACGCGACCAAUCCAAACGCAGAGUACCACAACUACCCCACCAUUAACUUCACCAGUCUGUUCGGAGGCUGGUCCGAACGCAAGAAGGAAAAGCUGAGAGCCAUCAUGCAUUACUUCAACGUGAUGACGGAUGAGAAGAUCAAACCAAGAGGGCUGGUGACCUUUGAGCGCCGUGUCCUCGUAGACUCAGAGAUACCCAACUGGUCAAGCUGUACGGAGAGGAUGCCCAAACUCCACGUCACGUCAGAAGGCAGCAUUGAGACAGAAGGGACAGGUAUGCUUCAGGUGGAUUUCGCCUCCAGCUGGAUCGGUGGAGGCGUCCUGGGAUCCGGUUUGGUUCAGGAGGAGAUUUUGUUCCUGAUGAAUCCGGAGCUGAUCGUGUCCCGACUCUUCACUGAGAAACUCGCAUACAACGAGUGUCUCAUUGUUACAGGCUCUCAGCAGUUCAGCUGUUACUCUGGUUUUAGUGACACGUUUGAGUGGGCGGGGCCUCACGAAGACAACCUCAAAAGGUGCAGUAUGACCUCUCGUUCAUUUCAUUUCAUCCGAAUGAAUUUGUUUCCCUUGCAUGAAGUUUUUUUGAUGUUUUGCAGAGACGAGUGGCAGCGUCUGCAGAGACAGAUUUUAGCCAUUGACGCGCUUCACUUCAGACAAGGACGUGAUCAGUACACCAUGGAUAAAGUCACACGAGAACUCAACAAGGCAUACUGCGGAUUUAGAGGCGAAGGACCGAACGAGCCGGACAUCGCCACGGGCAAGUGGGGCUGUGGAGCUUUCAAUGGAGACCCCCAACUCAAAGCUGUGAUCCAGCUGAUGGCGGCGGCAAGGGCGAGGAGGGGGCUGGCCUUCUUCACCUUUCAUGACGACAAACUGAAGCGAGACCUGACUCAGAUUCACAACCUGCUGGUCAAAGAGAGAACCACAGUCGGGAUACUGUACGACGUUCUGGUGGAUUUCUGUAAGGCUCAUCAGGCGUCCAGCGGAUCUCAACUGGAUCUCUUUGCCUUCAUCAAAAACAGCCUGAAACCAUCCCGGAGCCAGCUGUGAGGACGCCAUCACGUCAAAUCUAACAGAAAUGUUCUGAACAAAAAUCAAGAAUUUAAUUUCCAAGUGUUUUGUAAAUGUUGUCCUUUUUAAUUUUUUUCUUUUUUAUCUUUAUUUCAUGUUCGACUUAAAUAAAUCCCAGGACCUGGAUAAACAAAAACCAAGAACUAAGACCUGGAUGUAAAGGUGGAAGAAAAACCUUUUGUUGUUGUUGUUGUUAAUGAUUUAGAGCAUUCCCUGCUUUUUUAAUACACUGAUGAAUUAUCAGACUAACUUUGCAAAUGAAACGAGACAAUGCAGAUGAUUAAACACAAACUGUUAAAGCACCAUCGUCUUUAUUUUCAUCAAACAAACAUUCAACAAUUUAAGAAAAUAAAUACAUCCUUCAGAUCUCA